AUGUCCCUUCUUAUUUUGGAUUCGCGAAGAGGAAGACAUCCUUCCAGUAACAUCAUUAACAACAGGAGUAACACCAUUAUCAACACAAGUAACAUCAUCAGCAACAGGAGUGACACUAUCAGCAACAGGAGUAACAUAAUCAGGAACAGGAGUAACACCAUCAAUAACAGGAGUAACAUCAUCACCAACACAAGUAACAUCAUCAGCAACAGGAGUGACACCAUCAGCAACAGGAGUGACACAAUCAACAACAGGAGUAACAUCAUCAGCAACAGGAGUAACAUCAACGGCAAAAGGAGUAACAUCAUCAGCAACAGGAGUGACACAAUCAACAACAGGAGUAACAUCAUCAGCAACAGGAGGAACGUCAUCAACAAUAGGAGUAACAUCAUCAGCAACAGGAGCAACAUCAUUAGCAACAAGAAUAACACCAUCAGUGACACGAGUAACAUCAUCAGCAACAGGAGUAACAUCAUCAGCAACAGGAGUAACACCAUCACCAACACGAGUAACAUCACCAGCAAUGGGAGUAACAGCAUCAGCAACAGGGGUAACACCAUCAGAGAUAGGAGUAACACCUUCUGCAACAGGAGUAACACCAUCAGUAAUAGGGGUAACAGCAUCAACAACAGGAAUAACACAAUCAGCAAAACAAGUAACAUCAUCAACAAAAGGAGGAACAUCACCAGCAACAGGAAGAAUAUCAUCAUAUCAUCAGCAAUGGGAGGAAAGCCAUCAGCAACAGGAGUAACACAAUUCACAACAGGAGUAACAGCAUCACCAACACAAGUAACACCAUCAGCAACAGGAGCAACACCAGCAGCACCUGGAGGAACACCAUCAGCAACAGGAGUAAGAAUAUCAGCGACACAAAUAACAUCAUCAGCAACAGGAGGAACACCAUCAGCAACAGGAGUAACAUCAUCAAUAAUAGGAGGAAUAUCAUCAGCAAAAGGACUGACACCAUCAGCAACAGGAUUAACAUCAUUAACAACAGGAAUAACACCAUCACCAACAGAAGUAACACCAUCAGCAACAGGAGUAAUACCAUCAGCAACAGGAGUAACAUCAUCAGCAACAGGAAUAACACAAUCAACAACAGGAAUAACAUCAUCACCAACACAAGUAACACCAUCAGCAACAGGAGUAACACCAUCACCAACACAAGUAAAUCAUCAGCAACAGGAGGAACACCAUCACAACAGAAUUAACACCAUCAGUGACACAAGUAACACCAUCAGCAACAGGAGUGACAUCAUCAGCAACAGGCGUAACAUCAUCAGCAAUAGGUUGAACACCAUCAACAACAGGUUGAACACCAUCAGCAACUGGUGUGACAUCAUCAGCAACAGGAGGAAUGUCAUCAGCAAAAGGAGUAACACCAUCAGCAACAGGAGAAACAUAAUCAGCAACAGGAGUAACAUCAUCAGCAACAGGUUGAACACCAUCAGCAAUAGGAGUGAUACCAUCAGCAAUAGGAGUAACAUCAUCAACAAAAGGAGUAACACCAUUUGCAACCGGAGCAACAUCAUCAGCAACAUGAGUAACAUCAUCAGCUACAGGAGUAAUACAAUCAACAACAGGAGUAAUACUAUCACCAACAAAAGUAACAUCAUCAACAUCAGAAGGAACAUCACCAGCAACAGGAGUGACACCAUCAGCAACAGGAAUAACAUCAUCAGCAACUGGAGGAACAUUACCAGCAACAGGAGUGACACCAUCAGCAACAGGAGUAACAUCAUCAGCAACACAAGUAACAUCAUCAACAACAGGAGGAACAUCGCCAGCAACAGGAAUAACAUCAUCACCAACAGGAGUAACACAAUCCAUAACAGGAGUAACAGCAUCACCAACACAAGUAACACCAUCAGGAACAGGAGGAUCAUCACCAGCAACAGGAGUGACACUAUCAGCAACAGAAGGAAUGCCAUCAGCAACGGGAGGAAUGCCAACAGCAACAGGAGGAAUGCCAUCAGCAACAGGAGUAAUACCAUCAGCAACCCGAGUAACAUCAUCAGCAACAGGAGUAACACCACCAGCAACAGGGGUAACACCAUCAGCGAUAGGAGUAACACCAUCUACAACAUGAGUAACAUCAUCAGCAACAGGGGUAACACCAUUACCAACACAAGUAACACCAUCAGCAACAAGAAGAACAUCACCAGCAACAGGAGUGACACCAUCAGCAACAAGAGGAACACCAUUUGCAACUGGAAUAACACAAUCAACAACAGGAGUAACAUCACCAGCAAUAGGAGUGACACCAUCACCAACAGAAGGAACACCAUCAGCAACAGGAGGAACACCAUCAGCAACAGAAGGAACACCAUUAACAACAGGAGUAACAUCAUCAGCAACAGGAGUAACACCAUCAGCAACAGGAGGAACACCAUCAGCAACAGGAGUAAUGUCAUCAGCAAAAGGAGUAACACCAUCUGCAACAUGAGUAAUAUCAUCAGCAACAGGAGUAACAUCAUCAACAACACAAGUAACAUAAUCAGCAACAGGAUGAACACCAUCUGCAACAUAAGUAACAUCAUCAGCAACAGGAGGAACACCAUCAGCAACAGGGGUAACUCCAUCAGCGAUAGGAGUAAGACCACCUGCAACAUGAGUAACAUCAUCAGCAACAGGAGUAACAUCGUCAACUACACGAGUAACAUCAUCAGCAACUGGAGUAACUUCACCAGCAACAAGAGUAACACCAUCAGCAACAGGAGUUACAUCAUCAGUGACAGGAGUAACAUCAUCAGCAACAGGAGGAACAUCAUCAACAACAUGAGUAUCAUCAUCAGCAACAGGAGUAACUUCACCAGCAACAAGAGUAACACUUUCAGCAACAGGAGUUACAUCAUCAGCAACAGGAGUAACAUCAUCAGCAACAGGAGUAACAUCAUCAACAACACGAGUAACAUCAUUAGCAACAGGAGUAACAUCAUCAGCAAUGGGAGUUACAUCAUCAGCAUGAGGAGUAACAUCAUCAACAACACGAGUAUCAUCAUCAGCAACAGGAGUAACUUCACCAGCAACAAGAGUAACACCAUCAGCAACCGGAGUAACAUCAUCAGCAACAGCAGUAACAUCAUCAACAACACGAGUAACACCAUUAGCAACAGGAGUAACAUUAUCAGCAACAGGAGUAACUUCACCAGCAACAAGAGUAACACCAUCAGCAACAGGAGUAACAUCAUCAGCAACAGCAGUAACAUAAUCAACAACACGAGUAACACCAUUAGCAACAGGAGUAACAUUAUCAGCAACAGGAGUAACAUCAUCAACAACACGAGUAACAUAAUCAGCAACAGGAGUAACAUCAUCAACAACACGAGUAACAUCAUCAGCAACAGGAGUUACAUCAUCAGCAACUGGUGGAACAUCAUCAACAAUACGAGUAACAUCAUCAGCAACAGGAGUAACUCCACCAGCAACAAGAGUAACACCAUCAGCAACAGGAGUUACAUCAUCAGCAACACGAGUAACAUCAUCAGCAACAGGAGGAAUAUCAUCAACAACAUGAGUAACAUCAUCAGCAACAGGAGGAACAUCACCAGCAAUGGGAGUGACACCAUCAGCGAUAGGAGUAAUAUCAUCAGCAAAAGGAGUAACAUCAUCAACAACACAAAUAACAUCAUCAGCAACAGGAGGAACUCCAUCAUCAACAGGAGGAACAUUACCAGCAACAGGAGUGACACCAUCAGCGAUAGGAGUAACAUCAUCAGCAACAUGAGUAACAUCAUCUGCAACAUGAGUAACUUUAUCAGCAACAGGAGGAACACCAUCAGUGAUAGGAGUAACACCAACAACAGGAGUAACACAAUCCGUUACUGGAGUAAGAACAUCAGCCACAAGGUGCUCACAAGACAGGGGACAGACACAGAGAUUGAACUCCAAGAAGCAUUCAAGAACACUACCCCACCACCUUGCGGACCUGGUGGGGUCCUUGUGGUGCGUCUCAGCCCAGUCUCUCAGCGUAAUGUGAUGUUCUCUCAGUCCAGUCUCUCAGUGGCUCAUGGCGAUAUCUUGGCACGAGAUUGGAUCAUGCCCAGCAUGUUCCGGAGGCACCAGGGGAAGAUGAAGGAGAUGGCAGCUUCAGCAGCACGGACAGCAUCAUGGCCCAACGCGGGACGAAUGAGCAGUGCGGGAGGUCCCCCGGUAUCUGCAGCAGCAUGA